UCGCAGGGACGAGAGGAAGAAGAGAAGAAGCGAGUGAAGAAAAAGGAAAAUAAGGAAAGAAAAAGAAAAAUUCAAAAAAAGAGACGACCACUAAAAAUACCCUUUUUUGAGUCAUUCGGAUGAGCAGCAGCACUGGUGGCUGCUGUACCUAAAUUUCUACAAGCGAAGCCCUGUUUGGAUCACCACGUUUCACGUCAUCCACACUGCACCUUUCCCAAACCAGCCUCCCCCCUUCCACCCCUCCCUUAGGGUCCCAACCUGGGCCUUGGCCGUCGUCCAGGAGUCAUGACUGGCAAAGUUCCUCACGCUGCUUUUUGUGAGGAAUACGACGAGGACGCUCACAUUAUCAUCCCGGAAACCCGUCAAGUUGCCAACCUCGCUGCAAAACGUUCUCAACCGAACCUGAGAUCAGCUGGCGAAGCCCUAGUUGAUAUUGCAAGCGAUUCUGGCUACUCUAGUCGUACUGCCGCCACCGUCAACAGCACCCAAUCUGGCCCGUCGGGCCGGAAAGCCCCUGUUCCUUUAAAAGUCGACACGGCCCCCAAGAGGACCGACCUUGAACGUGUUCGCUCCCACCGCAAAGACCGCCCAAAAGAACGGCCUACUCGCCCUUCUUGGGACGAGAAGAUGCAAGUUGGCACCUAUCCCGCUGCGAGCCAUCAUCCUGCCGCCGCCUCCAUGCAACGGUCGCCAUCCCGGUCCCGCAGACGGGAAAACUCCCAGAUGCGGCACUUCCCUGGCACCUGUUGGGAGUGUGAUCAUGGGUUGUAUCAUGGCUCGACCCCCGUUGAACCCCGAGCCAUCGAAUACCCGUACUACGGAGCGCAGUCCACGACUUCGUCCGUCCACGACUACCCUCCCCCGUCACCACAAGGCCCGCGGUAUGCCCCCUCGGCUGUCCAAGAUGUCCAUGUCUCCCACAGCAGCCGGCCUCGCAGCGGUCGCUCGUACUCCUACCACACCAACAACCAGCGACCGGUGAGUUUCCAUGGGAUGAUCCCCGGGAUGGGCGGUGCUGUCUUGUACCCCCCCAACCAUAUAGGUCGCUACGAGCAUGGGCCCCCACCAUCCUCGUCCGCUUAUGCCAACACGCAACCCUACCCCCCGGCGCCCUAUGGUCAACCAUCUCCGUAUUUUGCCAGGCCAGAGUACAGUCAACCCGAUCGCCGGGAGCGGUCGGUCUCCAGAACCCGGGACCAGGGCAGGGCGCGGCGCGGAUCCACCUAUGGGCCCCCCGUCGUCGACUACGAUCCGCCCUCGGCAUAUGAGGAUGACGAGUCGCUGGAUCUCGGGCCGCCUCGCGCAACCCGACCACGGCUCCCCUCCCAUUCUUCCCAUGACCGUGAUGAAGACUACUACCGCAUGCCGCCCCCGCCCGUGAAGCACAAGCCUGCGCCGAACAUUAUCCAGAAACGUCCAGAGCUGCAUCGCAAAGCGGUCACCGCACCCUCCGUGACGUCCGACCGUCAUCCGUCUCGCUCCAUGGACCUAUCCGAUAUGAGAGAUGCUUUGCCGGAGUAUGGGUACCGACGAUCGUCCCGAGAGGCCGUGAUUCCUGCGCGAACCCGCAGUAUCCGAGACACCCGACGCUCCACCUCCUAUCAUGAUUCCUCACGUCCAUCGCGGGUCGCAGUCGAGAACUCCCGUCGCCGACGGCCGACUGUCUAUGACUACCUUGACGCGGAGGAGGAUGACGAAGAGGAUGAGGAUGACGACGGUGACGAGAUCGAGGAGAAGCAACGGUCCGCGGAGGAAUACCAAGCGUCCCGUUCUGCUAAGCCAGUCCCCACACCGUUGACGGAGGAUGCUUUGUACAAAUCGAAGGCGUCUCGUGCGGAGAGUGACAGCGGGAGCCAAAAGAGCCGCUCGAACAGUAGCCGCGGUAGCGAUGCACGGACCCAAAAUGGGAGCGGCGCUGGGGCCAAGCCGGAGGAAGACAACAACAUCGUCAUGACGAUGAACGGCGUAACGAUGAGCUUUACUCAAGAGUCGGUCGGUGGAAAGAAGAUCAGUGUCCGAGCAGGCGAAACAGGUGCCCUUGAACUAAACAUCGAAGGGAAACGACCAAAGAAGUACCUCACCAACGGUUCGGACUACACGGGAAGCGUGGCCCGGAGAGAGCUAGAAGACCCACGACGAGCACGCACAGACCGACGGUCUGAUCGGGCGAGUCGGCGGUCGAGCCGGUCGACCUAUAGCGGUCGAUACUAGCGCGACUCUCAUCCAAUGUUAUGUUUCUGUG